AGCAAUAAGUUAUCGACACAUUCGAAGAAUAAACAACGAUGGAGCGGCGCGAGGAUGUGCUCAGGCAGGCACUCGAUAAGAACGCCUAUGAGACAGAUCGUUGGCAAGCCUAUAAGGAAGACAUUGAGGCCGCAAUGCGGAAUCUCGAGAUGUUUUGCAAAAAUCUCACCGUCGAGGUUAUGGUGCCAAUUGGCAGGAAGGCACUCAUGCCGGGGGAACUGAUACACACAAACGAACUGCUGGUGGGCCACUAUCAGAGCUACUUCUCCGCCUGCUCGGCCCACAAGGCCACGGAGAUAUGUCAGCAUCGGCUGCAACAGGCCAAUGAGCACCUAAAGAAAUUGCAAACCGAAGCAGAUCUCUGGCAAAAGAAAUUGGCAACACCAAUAGUGGAGGGCGCUGUGCCCAAUGCUGGUGAAGUUGAAGUCGUGGAAGAGUACAAUGAGGAGGAACACAACAAAUGGCUCAAGGAGCACAAAGAGCGCUUGCGAAAGGAGAAACAAGAGGAACGUAAAGAACGUGAGGCACGCGCCACAGACGGAGGUGAUUUAUUAAAAACAUUGGAGGAACGCGAACUAAUGGAGGAACUGGGUCUCGAUCCCAACGAUCUCAACGAGCAGACGCUCAGCGAGAUGCUCAAUAACAAACCAGAAUCAGAUCAAGAUCAACUCAAAAACAAAGACUGUGAUAAAGAAACAGCGGCUGAUAUGACGGAUGAGCAACUAUUUGAGAUGCUCGACAAACUAGAAUUGCAGGAACAGAAUGAGAUAACCCAAAUGGACACAGAGGCGGAGCAAAAUCUGCAAGGCACUCAAGAAAUGGUGCACAAUCUAAUGAAGACUCAAACAGCAGUUAAGAGCACAAAGGAACGCAUAGGCAAGGAGAAAAGUAGCGUGGAGAAGCCAAGUGACUUAAACACAGAAUUGAAUGAUGAAAAAGUUCCGAAAGUGGUUCAAGAUGUCGAUCAAAAAGAGGAAGACAUAGAAAUCAGUGAUGAAGAUGAAGUGGAUAAUGGGGAUGAGGAGGAGGAAUCCGAUCAGCCAGAGGAAGUCAAAUUAAUUAGAGAGCAAGUGGCGCUUUUACCGAGGGAGGAGCGCGUGCAAUUUAUAAACACGCAAUUGCAAAUUAUAAAGGCAAAAAUGCGUCAGGUGCAAAAGAAAAGCUUUAUCAGUGAUGAGCUGACACAUUUGAUGAAUGUGACCGUCAUUCUGGAGGAUGAUCUGCAGGAGUUGUUGUUCGAGCACACCGAGGAUGCCAGCUCCGAGGAGCAGUCCGAAGACACUGAAUCACUCACCGAACCCAUUGAUAAUAAAAAGCGACGCAUCUCAUUUGCCAAAACCGAUGAGCAGCUGGUUUUCAGAAAGAACGAAUCAGUUGCCGAAAUGUUGCCCAAGGGCAAGCAACACAAACGUGAAGUGAUUUCUCUGGAUGCACCAGUGCAGCCAUUGAACCAGCAGCAAGUCAGCAAAGUUGAGCCAGCCGUAGUCAACAAGAGUCCACAAAUUAUGCAAAAAGUGGAGAAAAAUCUGGAAUUUGUCAAGGAAAAUCAAAGUGUGCAGGACUUUGACUUGGUCAAUCAAAUACUGGAAGCCUCCACGGGUCGAAUCGCUACACUGCAAAUUAAUUUCAAUCAUUCCGAAGCGAACGCAGCACCUGAGGAUUUCGAUAAGAACUCAAUUCCCGGCAAUCCAUCACACUUUUAUCAGCUUUACAAGUUGGCAUUGGCUGAGGAGCAGGCAGGGAAUUCGUUUCCCAUUUAUGUCAACAGUUUUGAGGGUGAAGAGGGGCUAAAGGUGCCCAUACUAAAGGAGGAGGAGCGCGAGAGGGCCUACGUUGAUCCACGAGCUGAGUUUUCCAAGCCGGAAUCCAAAUCCAUAUUGCGCAACAAGUCCGCUGUGGAAGCUGAAACUCAUGCUGCUAUAGAACCAGAUGAGCCAACUCCAAAUCUGCCGGGCAACAGCAAGCGGUCCUCCAAUAAAAGGAACAAAAACCGAAAGAAAAAGGAACGCACCAUCGAUGAUGAGUUGCGAGACAUGAGCGCCUAUCAGAAGGUCAUGCAUGAUCUGGUCGAGAAGGAGCCGACAACGGCACCGGAGCCGCUGCCUGCGGGCAAAUACAUUGAUGCACAUACGCCAAAGAAGCGCGUUAGCCGCUUCAAGGAACAGCGUUCGCUGAGCAAGACAUAGCCAGUAAUGGAGAUUACUUUGUGUGAGAUAUGUACAUUUAUUUAUUUGUGUAUAAAAAUGAAAUCAUGAAUAUAUGUACAAACAAAUUUC